CAGAGCCAUAAAUGCAUCCAUUGAAGGAAAUGCAGUGUGCUGUCUGAUAACAGCAGCUGCUACUGCUGCCGCCCAGAGAGCUCUGCUAACACCCAGGGAUGAUGAAGCCAAUGAUAAUAGAAACCCAGGGAUGAUAUAAACCCAGAAAUGAUGAACCUAGGGAUGACAAACCCCCCUGGCAGCAGGGAUGGGUCAUUUACUGGCAGUAUUCUCCAAAGGAUGCGAUAAGAUAAGACGCUUUUCUCCAGCUCCAUGACCUAUGCCCCACCAUCUGUGCUCAGUAUUUGCACAUUAAAGACAGGGGAGCAGGGAAAAGGCAUGCGAUAAUUUCAAAACGAUGGAGUUUUUCCUCAAGCUGCUGGGCGGAGGAGGAAGCAGGGAAGGAGCGUAGCCCUGAGUGCUGGUGCCCUCCCUCCAGCCCAGUGUAUUUAAGCUGCAGGAGGCCGUGCCCUGCUCAGCCUCCAGCUGCAGGACAGGCAGUGUGGGAAGAUGAGCCGGUUCCCAGUGGAUGUGAAGGCUGUGGGCUUGAUGCAGUGUGGAAAGCAGAAGAAGUACAUGAUGUUCGUGUCCUGGUCAGAUCAAAACAAUAUUCUUAUAUACCGGACGCUUGAAGAAUUUAAGAGAUUCCAUAAAGAACUGAAGAGGAAAUUCCCCAUUGAGAGUGGAUCGCUUAAGAGAUCUGACCGCACUAUACCCAGGUUUAAAGAUAUAAAUGGGAAACAGAAGAAGAGUGGGAAGAUAAACAGGUCCCUGGAGCGACUGAAAUUGCUGGAAACUUACUCACAGGAACUGCUGAAAGUGGAUGCGAAAAUCUCCCAGGGUGAAGAUGUGGUUCAGUUUUUCAAGGCACAAACUCAAGACCUCGACCCCUGCUUUCCUGAAGACAGUGUUGUAAUCAUGCCAUCAGAAAUUGGAGGGGAAAAGAAGAAAGAGGUGCAGCAGCAGCAGCCGCUCUCCAUUACGUACCCUCAGGUGUCUGAGAGCUACCGCUGCAUUGAAACCUUUGAAACCAAAGACACAAAGAACAAGACUUUCAAAGUCGCUAAGAAGGACGUUGUUGAAGUGUUACUGAAGGACAUGACUGGCUGGUGGCUUGUGGAAAAUGCAGACAAGCAGAUAGCCUGGUUCCCAGCCUCGUAUCUGGAACAGAUCAAUGUUCACAAGGACAUCCAGAAUGUUGGGAGCUCAGAUGAGGAGGGCAGUCUGUACUUUGUCAUGCGGGCCUAUGAGUCACAGAAAGCAGAUGAGCUCUCUCUGAACAAAGGUGUGGUGGUGGAGGUGGUCAAGAGAUCUGACAAUGGCUGGUGGCUUGUCCGUUACAAUGGGCGCACAGGAUACAUGCCCUCCAUGUGCCUCCAGGCCUACAAGAACCCCCACCACAGGCUGCAGACCAUCAUGAACAGCGGGCUCCACAUCUCCACACCCAACCUCUGCUCCUUUCCGACUCCCCAGCCCCUGCGAAACAGCACAGCAUGGGACUGCACCUCAGGGGACGGCAAUGAUGAAGAUGUGAGCUUAAGAAGCAGAUCACAAUCUCUGCCUAGGGUCAUCUCCACUCCAGACCUGGAGUCUGACAGCUCCUCGCUCAGCUCAGGCAGUGAGCCCAGAAGUGUGCUGAGCUGGAAGCCAGACUUGUCCAGGUCCCUGCCUGAAGUGGAGCAAGCAGCGAGCCCAGUCCUUGGACAUACCUCAGCCACACACAGCAGCAAAUCUCCACGCCUCACCUAUAAGGACAGGAACGACUCAGGCUUUGUGGAGCCAUCUGCUACUGACCUAAGCUCCCUCACUGACCCAGAGGUGCCCACUGGUGCCCCCAAGGUGCCCACGCGCCCCUCAGCUCAUGAGAUCCUCCAGAGGUGCAGCUCAGUCACCAAGCGGGCCCUGCAGCAGUCAGCUGCCUGCCCACCCCUCCAGGCCCUGCCUCCCCUGCCCAGUGCUGACUAGAACCCCAUGCCUCAUAUUGCAGGGACCACUGCUUUCAAGGCUUGUAGACAUGGCUUUGCUGGCUUAAUACUGUAGCAUGCACACCAUGGCCAGGGAGCUUUAACGAGGGCACACUACUGUUACUAGCAGAGCUGCAGUAGAAUGCUGCACCUCCUGUUUAGCAUAGGUCACUUAUGGCUUAGUGGCUUAGUUCACUCCCUUGGGCACGUUUUUAUCCUGUAACACCAUUUAUCAGAGCACCACAAUUUUCUUGCAUUAAUCCUCAUACUGCAACUACCUGACAGUGCUGGAGAACAGAGGAGUGAAACCCACAGCUACAGCCAUGUGAACAGCAUUUAUCUGAAUCCCUGGAAAAUAUAUAUUUAAGUACUAUUUAAUUUUUUACUUUAAUGUUACGUGAACUUGGGUAGUAGAAAACUGGCCAGGCAAAGGUGAAUUGGCUGGACCCUUUGAAUGGCUGAGGACAAAAAACAUCGGUAGUGCCUAUGAAUGUCAUCUCUUACCUUGCCUUAAUGUCAUUCUGCAGACACAGAGAUAAAAAUGGCUGCAGUACAGUUUGUUUGCUGGCUGGGUAGGGUGGCUGAGGCUAGAGCUCACAGUUACAAGCAAAACAUAAAGAGGGGGUCUGAUAAUUAUUGAACCUUACAGUACUUCCUGCUCUAAAUUCAUCUGCUAAAACUGAGAUGGAAAAAAGUUAAAGGAAAACCCAUUACUUUUGUAUAGAUUGCUGCCUUUAAUUUUAGUGAGCCUCCCAUGCCUGACUGUCUUUUUUUUGUUGUUUUUAAUUGGGCAAGUCAGCCAUCUUGCAGGUGUUUGUACUGUUCUAAGUUUUAUACGUUUGUCUCUGAAAUAAAAUGCAUACAAAUAUGCAGAA